CCCCCCCCCAGCGCCUUUCCCCCCUCUAUACAAUACAAGAUCUUCCUUCCUCAGUUCUCUUAAAUCACAGCCCAGGGAAACCUCCUCAGAGCCUGCAGCCAGCCACGCGCCAGCAUGUCUGGGGGCAAAUACGUAGACUCCGAGGGACAUCUCUACACUGUUCCCAUCCGGGAACAGGGAAACAUCUACAAGCCCAACAACAAGGCCAUGGCAGACGAGGUGACUGAGAAACAAGUGUACGACGCGCACACCAAGGAGAUUGACCUGGUCAACCGCGACCCCAAGCAUCUCAACGACGAUGUGGUCAAGAUUGACUUUGAAGAUGUGAUUGCAGAACCAGAAGGGACACACAGUUUCGACGGCAUCUGGAAGGCCAGCUUCACCACCUUCACUGUGACAAAAUAUUGGUUUUACCGCUUGUUGUCUACAAUCUUCGGCAUCCCGAUGGCGCUCAUCUGGGGCAUUUACUUUGCCAUUCUCUCUUUCCUGCACAUCUGGGCGGUUGUACCGUGCAUCAAGAGCUUCCUGAUCGAGAUUCAGUGCAUCAGCCGCGUCUACUCCAUCUACGUCCAUACCUUCUGCGAUCCACUCUUUGAAGCUAUUGGCAAGAUAUUCAGCAACAUCCGCAUCAGCACGCAGAAAGAGAUAUGAGUGACAUUUCAAGAAUGGAAGGUUUUUUUCCCCCCUUACUAUUUCCUUGGUGCCAAUUCCAAGUUGCUAUCGCAGCAGCAAUUUAUGAAUGGUUUGUCUUGAUCAAGAACAAAGAAUUCAUUCCUGCCAUUUUCAUAUAUACGAGUUGUCUCUUCUGAGCUACUGCAUCUAUGUUUGACAGUCUGGGAUGUUUAAACCCAUUCCUGCUCUCUCUUUUAUAUGUGAACCAUUGUUUCAUUGGCUAAAACAUAAACAAAUUAUUGAAAGAUGAUUUGAGAAAAAAUAGGAAGGACCGGGAGGCGGGGAAAGAGUACCAACAACCUCAACUGCCUGCUCGAAGGUGAUGAUGUCAUAGAAAGGGAAGAGAUUCAGGAUACGACCAUGUGUUUAGGGGCAUGAAAGCAGAUUUUAAAUAUAUCCCAGCUAUCUAAGGAAUGGGUUGUUGUCCUCACUCUUAACAAUCCAGUGGGAUUUAGGGAUCACCAUCAACUUGGAGACUAUAAUCUUCAUGUUCAUGAUACCAACAAUGUCUUACUCAUCCUGGCAUUUUAACCUGUUAUUUUGUGUGCCUGAGUAUUUGCUAGACUGAGAGUAAGACCUACAUGCCUUCUAAUUUUUCAUGUUUUUUUUUUUUUUUCCAAAUAGGGUCUAACUGAUCUACUUGCAUGAUGCCGGCAGCUUUCCUAAAAACAAAACAUACAAAAUCCACUCGCUAGUUCUCUGUUACUUGUUUCUGACUCUGAAAUACAGAACCUGUUGACAUUGAUAUCUGUGCUUGGCUAUGUAGCAUCUUUCUCUAGGUUAAGCCUGGUCAACUGCAACCUAAUGAAAUGAUUCGAAGCUGAGACCUCUCUGGCCUGGCAGAAGUAGAAGCCAGCUUACCUGCCACUCAGCAACUGAAUGAGGCCAGCAUGUCUAUUCAGUUUCACUCAUUUUCAAAAAUAAUCACACAUUACUGACUCUAACCUAACCCAUCACCAGGAUAAAGGAUUAGUGACUGACCGGGAUGGUUUAGGGGCUCAACAUUGUGCUCCCUUUUCAGCUGAUGAGAGAACCUCCAGGGAGGGGUGUCAAAAAAGGAGGUUGCCAAAACGAGACUGCCAAGGCUGUCAUAAACAUGACCCCUUCUAUGCAUAGCCCUUGCAAUAGUCUGUAAUGCUGUGAAGCUCAACCUCUCCCCCUGUGAGGAGCCUUUGACCUAAUUCAACCAUCAUUUUGUUCAGAGAGAAGGUGGGGGGAGGGUGGUAACAAAAGCUUGAAGCAAUGUUCUUGCUGGAAUAAGUUCAAGUUUUUCUGAACCCAAACUGAGGAAUUUCACCUGUGUACCUGAGUCUCCAGAAAGCUGCCUGCCAGGGACACCCAAAAGCCUUUUACUCCCCAGCUCACAUUACAGCUCUGCCCAUGGGGAUAUUUUUAAAAUUCAAUAUAGGCUUUUAUUUUCACUUUCAUACAUUUAUUGGAACUCUGCUUGACUUGUUUUCUCCUUCAGUCUUGCCAACACUUUAUCAACCCGCUACCUACUUUGAUUGUUUGCAUUUAAAACAGACACUGGCAUGGCCACAGUUUGAAUUUUUAAACUGUGCACAAAACUGAAAGUGUACUAGACUGUAUACCUUUUUACACGUAGAGGUAUUCUUUAUCUUUAUAUAAGGAGAAUCACUUGGGAAAUGGUUCUACAAUUCAGUCUGUAAACUGUGUGUUCCAAAACAUGUCUGUUCUUCCUAGAUACUCAGUCUUAUAAAAGUUGAUUGCUGAUCCAAAAGGUUACUGAAAUUUUAUAUGCUUACUGAUAUAUUUUACACUUUUUUAUGCUGCAUGUCCUAUAAAGAUUUCAAAUCUGCACAAUAAAAUUGUUUAACAGUUAAGCA